CUGCAUCUCCCUCGGCACAACUUCAUAGGCCAUUUCUGUAUUCAGUUUUCCAUUCUCUGCCUACAGAAAUGACAAGCCGCGCCUCAAACAAACUUGACGGCAAAGUAGCCAUUGUCACCGGUGGUGCGAGUGGCAUCGGUGAGGAGACAGUGCGUCGAUUGGCAACUCACGGCGCAUAUGUCGUGAUUGCCGACAUCCAAGACGAAAAGGGCCGCGACCUUGCAGCAUCGAUCGGAUCCCACCAGUGCACCUACAUCCAUUGCGAUGUCACGGAUGAGCAACAGGUGAAGUCCUUGGUGGAAUCAACUCUUCUUCAAUCAAACGGUCGCCUAGACAUCUUGUUCAGCAAUGCAGGCAUAGUGAAUGACGUCAAACAAGACAUUCUCGAGUUCAACAUACCGGCUUUCGAAAGCCUUUUUGCCGUCAAUGUUAGGGGAAUGGCCGCCUGUGUCAAGCACGGGGCGCGUGCCAUGGUGGCAGGAGCCAUAAAGGGAAGCAUAAUUUGCACAGCAAGCAUCCGGGCCAGCACCGGAAACGAGAAUUUGGUAGACUACACAAUGUCUAAGCAUGCCGUGUUGGGUCUGGUGAGGUCGGCGAGCAAGCAACUUGGAGCAUACGGUAUACGCGUGAACUGUGUCUCACCCGGAGCGGUCGCAACACCGUUACUCUGUCGAGUGCACGGCUUGAGUGAGGAGGAAGGUGAGAGGAUGACCGAGUCUAGUUCAUGCUUGAAAGGAGCGCUGAAAGCGAAGCAUGUGGCCGAUGCCGUGGUGUUCCUUGCUUCCGAAGAGGCCGAAUUCAUCAACGGACACAAUCUGGCGGUUGAUGGAGGAUGGCAAGAUAGGGUCUCCCGUGGGGACUUCAAAUGAAAGUAGCAGAAUCUUAACUGGCCUGAGCUUUGUUUGCUGCUGUAGCAAUACGGUAGAUUGCGGGAGAUAGUUCUGUUAGUUUUUGGUGAGCGUGUGCAAUUGUGUGUAUGCGUGUGUAACAAGACUUUAGCGAGGGAUCAAGUGAAGGGGCAAGCAAGGCAAGGAAGGUAAAUUCUAUUGAAUAGGUUGAGUGUGUUACAAGAGUGAUCCGAGCUAGAGCCAGAACCAAAGCCUCGUUCACUUGGUAUUAGGCGUUUGUCCUAACCAACUUUUACUAAAAUCAUUUAUUAUAUUUUCAACACUAAAAUUAUGGCUAGCGUUGCCUCACAAAAA